GUGAAUGGCGUUCACAAUAAACACUCAAUUUAUAUAUAAUUUGAUUAAUAAAAACAUUAAUUAAGUGUUUAUAUAAUUGAUUUCAAGACAAACACAUGACUCUAUUGUCUAUACCAUUGAUAAACAUAUUUAACCACAAAUUAUAUACUUAUAAGACAAACGACAAGACAGACAAUGGACACAAACAUGUUUUCGGUUUCGAUGGAAAACAAUGGUUAUACCAAAGAUAUGGACGAUUUGGACGAUAAUUUUGAUGCCUUUAAUGACGAAACUUUUGGUGAUAUGUCCACCGAUUGGGAUGAAGGAGAACACCAAAAGAUGCUUACAAUGACCUCAAGUGAUAGUUGUGAAGACAGUAAUCAAGUUAUGAAUAAAAAUACUUUUGUAAAUAAUAGUUCAUAUAAUGAUUACGCCAUCAAUGAUGACUUACAUCUGACAUGUGAUGACAUUCUGGCCAAAAGCAUAUCUAAUUUAGGUCUCGAAGAUGAGGACUUCGAUGAUCCGGCAAUUAUGACAUUUUCGCGGAGCGCUAAACCAAUGCCAGAACCAACUGACCGAUAUAGUCACUCACCGCCACCGCCGGCUAUUCUUUCAUAUGAAGAAUAUUCUGCUUCACCGCAAACGUCUACCAUUUGGAGUACCUCUCAGUUAGACUCAACAGUUAAGUCAACUAUGAGUACCACUAGUGUCGUAAAUAUGAGAACUUUAGAAGAAGUAGAAAAUGAUUUAAUUAUCAGAAAAACCAAUGAUUUGCAUCAAUUGACAACUAUUAAGAAAUCAAUUAAUUUAGAAGAUUUAGAAAAGACAUUAAUAGAUGAAUCAAUUCAUAAACAAGUGCCACCAGUCAAGCAAAACUUGAAUGUUAGUCACUUGACGUCCAAUUCAAUUUGGUCACCAUUUACUAAUGAUUCUUCACCUAAUAUACUAUCUAACGGAACAAUUGAUUUAAAUAAAGCAAUACGUAUUGAAGAUAUCGAGAAUAUCAAACCAAAAGCGCCUCUUAAUCACAAUAAUAUAGACAUUGAUGCUAUCCAUGCGGCCGCUCGGUUAGCCUUAAAUGAUUCUCAAGAACAACAACCUCUUCAAUCAAUUGAUCCAUUAUUGAAAGCUCAAACAUUAUCUGACAUUGAAAGGCAGUUAAUAACAGGUCCACAAAGUCCACCAAAAGUAACAAAAUUGCAGCAAAAUAUGUCAAAACUUGAACCAAUACCACCUGAAGUGCGAACAAAUACUGUAUUGAAUAAUCAGACACCGAAUAAGUCUUUAAGUCAAUUCAGACCUCAAAUGAUGGUUCAAAACAGACCUAAUAAUAUGUUUAUGAGACCACCAAUGAUGCCGUUACUGCCAUCGACACAUCCAUCAAUGACACGACCAAUGUAUCCGCCGGCACUUAUGCCUAAUAAUCAACGAUUAUAUCCAUAUCCAAGACCUCCAAUUAUGCAUCCAAUGUUACAUCCAUUGCAAAUUCAACAUUUAAAUCAACAACAACUUAGGUAUUUGCAACAACAACAACAACAACACUUUAUUCAUCACAUGCAACGACAAAAUUAUCGAAACAAUGAUAGCGUUGAAGACGUUAACGAUUAUUCUGGUUUAAUGACUAAACAAGAAAAGGAUUGGUUGAUUAAAAUACAACAAAUGCAGACAGAAUUAAAGGAUCCAUAUGUUGACGAUUACUAUUAUGUUACGUAUAUAUCACGUAAAAUAGCUGCCAAAGCAGCAAACGAUAAGACAACACCUAAAUUAGUGAUUCCUGAACGACCAAAGCCAACACCUGAGUCCGAGAAAGACAAGUAUAUGCCGGAGCAGUUUGCGGGUACAUUAGGAAAGAUACAGGUGUCUAACGUGAAUCGGCCCCGACAGCUAUUAGAUGGCAAGUUUAAUAAAACUGAUAACUCGAGUGAUGCUAAUAGUGAUAAACCAAUGGUCAGUAAGAGUGAAGUUCAAAGAUUUAGAAAACUUUUGCUUCAAAUCGAAAGAUUGUAUGUCGUCUUAAUAAACAUUGAUGACGAAGACAAACGUAUUGGUGCUCUGCCUCCCGAAGCAAGGAUUCCACACUUAGAAACACGAAAACAAUUGUGCGAUAAAUUGUUUAAAGGACUCACUAAUGUUACUAAUGAUAAGAUUAACGCAGAAGUGGCGCAAAUCAGAAAGGGUUUGAUUUUGUUGUUUAGAUCGUUGAGCUAUUUCUCAGAUGAUUACCAUAAAGCCAUAAUAAUGUGUGACAUAUUUAGUGCAAACAAUUAUAAACAAUACAUAAUUAAAUCAAAAGAUAGACACGAUUUUGUACAGCUUUUAUUGAAUGGUAUCUCAUCUGUCACUAAUCAUGAAGUGAUACUUAAACUUAUAUCUAAUGUUAACAACAACUCAUCUGUAACUCAAUCUGAGUAUGGAAAGUUAAUCGAGGAAUCACUUAACAAACAUAACGAAAAACUGGAAUUAAACGGACAAUUCAACAAUUAAUAGGAAAUUUUAGUAUCCUUUCAAUGAACUAAUUAAAUAUUAGCAUAAAUUGAUUGAUUGUUUUGAUUACAUCUGCCGUUAUUUUUAGAUAUAAUUGCCAUUCAGUUAAGUUAAUUAUGAUUUAAUAUUUCAUUAAAAAUAUUUUUGUUACAAUUAAAAUUAUAUUAAAU